AUGUCAUGCACUAUCGGAGGUAAGCUUCAAAUUGUCUUAGUUUUUUGACAUUGCUAAUGUACGUACCAGAUUCAGAAUCACUUUACAGGCAUAUGUUAAUCGUGUUUUCUUCGCCAGCUAUUGUUCGGCAAAUAAUGAAAGGAUGGCCUAUCCCAUACACCGUCGUUUUGAUUGUUCUGGGACUUUGUUUUGGAGCAAUAUCAGGUGCUGUUCCAACACUACAAAAGUAAGGCAAUCUUUACAUUUUUCUUUUACUUGGAAGGAGGACUCUCAAUAAAUAUAAACAAAACCAAUAGUUAAAGCAAGUUGAUGCCAUCCGUGUUAGGAUGAGAAAAUGAUUAGGAACGUUACUGGUAUUCAAUAGAUUUACUCUCACCUCCGCAGGCCUUAUUUUCACUACUACUUAUAUAAGUAGUGUUUAUAACUGCAAGGAGCGUUUCCAUCUUCGUUUCUUCAACCACUGUUUACAUAUAUGAUUUUCAUAUAUUAACAGUCAUUUAUUCCCCACUUCGAGGGUUUAUUUGAAUCAACAAUGACCAGCUCUUAGUUAAGUUGGCUUGUCAGCACAGUUGGGAGAGCCCUGCACCGGUAUCGUAGAGGUCAUGGGUUCAAAUCCCGUACGAGCCGAAGUUUUUUCCAGGCCCUACUUUCACUACUACUUAAGUGGUGUUCAAAACUGGGAGGAUUGCUCCCAUGUUCGUUUCUUCAACCGCAGUUCAAAUGGAAAGGAGUUUUGAAAAGUAACCGCUUACUUCUACGUUACGAGACAAAAAAAUAGCACGCUAAAUUAAUAACAAGGUUGAACAAGAAAAAGACAGACAUUUGUAGACAAACAUUUCUUAAGGAAUUUGAGUCAAUUUCUCAUGGCCAUCUCCAUAAUCAUUUGCUAUUAACUUCAAUGCGAAAAAAAAACAAGAAAACAAGAAUCUCGUACAAACAUAUUUGGUAACAAGCAUCAGUGUCACAGGAACGUUUUGGAAAGAUCAAAGAACUGAAAGCAUUUUUUCUUCUAAUUAAGGUACACGUCUAUGUCAAGUCAGAAUCCUCAUCUUAUACUAACCACCUUCCUACCAGUUCUACUAUUUGAGUCAGCUUUUGCUAUGGAUGUCCAUAUUUUCUACAAGAUGUUCUGGCAAGUUGUGUUGCUUGCAGUGUUUGGUUUAGCUGUUGCCACAGCUUUGUCAGGUAUUAUGGCCAAGAUGGUGUUCGUUGAUUAUCACUGGACUUGGCUUGAGGCCAUGCUAUUCGGAUCAAUAGUAAGCGCCACAGAUCCUGUGGCUGUAGUUGCCCUGCUGAAUGACUUGGGUAAGCGAUGCAAAAGUCAGUUUACAUCAAAUUGUUUAGCAUUGUAUCAAAGAAAGUAAUGUCGUCUCAGUAAUGUCAAAGUGGUAAAAAUUAUCAUAGUACAUUUCUAAUGAUAAACAAUCACCACCUUUAAUUUUUUAACUCUAAAAGCGACUGGCUUAAAAUUUCUCCUUUUACAAUAUCACCGUUGAAUCAAAUGUCUAAAGGUCAUGAAAAAAUUGGACAUUUUUCUUAAAGAAAUCUCCUUGUCAUUACCACAGAAGAUAUGGCAAGAUCAGUUUGUAAAAUAUGAAUACUAAUAAUCAGUAUUUAUAUAGCGCACAUAUCAAAAAGAACUCUAGUGGCGAGAGUGUGAAGAGUGUUAAGGGUUACAUGAUGUGACAGUCAUUAAACUUUAGAGCUGUGUAACACAACUUAACUUUGAGUGAAUGCUUCAAAACUGUAUAGUCAAAGGGUAAUAUUGUAACUAAUUGUGAUCAUAACUAUUUAUGUAGUGCUUAUUGGCGAUAAUCUCCUUCUGUUUCGAAAUAAUCCUCAUGAAUCACUGCAUUAAAAUAUUUGAAUAAUUAAAAUGUUUAACCCUAUGCACCUCAGGAACAAGCAAGCAGUUGUCUACUAUCAUAGAGGGUGAAUCACUGUUAAACGAUGGAAUGGCAAUCGUGUUGUACAAGAUCUUUUUUAGCCUGGCAUUUUCCUCGAUGACUGGUAAGAAAUCAAAAAAGUUCGUUUUAAUUAUUUUUUCAGUGUUUACGCAAUACUUACAAAUUACAGUAAUAACAUUACUAACACAACUUACACGACUACGAUACCUGCAUUGCUCACAAAAAUGACGGAAUAAUAGUAACGAUAGUUGUAAUUUUGAUAAUGAAAAUGACAAUAAAAAUAAAAAUAAAUCAGUAAGUAACUGGCUGGAGAAAUGUGAUGAUUUAUUAGGGGCACUCAUACUGCAGGUGUAAUUUGCGAUGAAAAACGCAGAAUCUGGUGAUGGCGAACUCAACAAAACUGCCUUUGUUAUUAUAAGUAGCUUACAUGCAUCCAUGUUGGUUGAUCUAAAAAACAGAAUCACACAAGCCAGUACUUACAGGUUCAUUACAUAUACUCUUCUCAAAACUUCAACAGAAAGCAUAGGGCUCCUUCCUUCCUUCAGACUUGUGCCGUCCCGUUUCUUUACCUACCUUGUAACCUCGCCCGGGUAAGGUCGAAAUGUUCUCAUGUGCAGAUCAGGAAAAAAAUUUUUUUAUCUUCAUUUGAAGUCGGCCUAGAACUGAAUGAAUAUGCUACCUCACUAAAUCGAGGUGCGUGGUAAUAAAGAAGUUAGGAAAUUAUCCAUGCCAUUGCUAUUUUUGUAAACUUCUAUCAUCUCCAAUCUGGAAGCUUCUUUUCUUAUGCAGCCACGGAAAUUGGACUGUACUUUCCUCGUGUCGCAUUGGGAGGCUUCUUCUUCGGUCUAGUGGCAGGAAGAGUUACCGUCUUCUGGCUGCAGCAUGUGUUCAAUGAUGCCUUGGUUGAGAUUACCAUCACCUUAGCUAGUACAUACUUGACAUUUUACAUCGGGGAAGAGGUGCUUGGAGUGUCUGGUGUCAUUGCUGUAGUCAUGCUAGGAAUACAGAUCAACGCGCUGAGAACAAGCAUCAGUCCAGAAGUCGAGGUUUUUUUACACAGGUAUACUCUUACCCUGUUCCUUGAAGAAUGCUUACAGAUAAAUACAAAACUUGAAACUAUACUAUAUAUUAGAUCACGCAAAAGAUGCGCUGAAAAGGUUUGUUUUAAGUAAUCACGUUCUUCCAUUAUCAAUACGUCUUAAAAUUUAAGUUAGACGAAAAACUGGCAGUAAGUGAAAAGCAUGAAUGAUUGAAAGUAAAAAAGAAGAAGUAAACAACACUUUUUAAGUGGUUUUUGUAUCCUGUAUAAGGGAUUGUAAAAUGUCAGCCAACGGAAAAUUGAACAUUUUAUUAAUUCAUUUUUAGGUUCUGGGAGAUGCUCGCGUACCUUGCCAACACGCUCAUUUUCAUCAUGGUGGGUGUUGUUAUCAUGGAAAAGGCUCUAAACAGUUUAAACGAAUACGAUUUGUUUCUUCUUGUGGUUGAUUACUUCGGAAUUACAGUGAUAAGGUUAGUACAAACGUAUUCGUCUUAAAUUGUUUCAUUUUCAUUGUCACCAUUCAAAGCCUCAAUCACUCCUCCAACAACCCGUUCAACCGGUCUUUUCUUUUCCGUCUUUUCAGAGGAUUAGUAAUGAUGACAUUCAGCCCCAUUCUGAUGCGAAUUGGAUACGGCCUCUCAUGGCAGAAUGCUGUGGUAGCAGCUUGGGGUGGAUUAAGAGGAGCAGUCGGUCUGGCCUUAGCAUUGCAAGUUUACAUUGACCACCCUCCUAUUGGCGGAAAGGUAAAGUUUCCCGCGUAUCAGGGUUGACUUUAGCCAACUCGGUUGCUUGCUAGUAGUAUGACGUUUUAGACGGCACAACAUUCCGCACCCUUAAACUUUUGAAGAUCAUACGAUUCUCCAGCACCCAUAUUCAGGGGCUUCAUAGCUCGAUUGGAGUGUUUUUCCGUUGCACCGGCAUUGCAAGGUGAAACGUCCAAGUUUUGUUGACGCUUUGAAUUUUUUAGUCUUCUUUUCGCGUUAGUAUUAACAGAGAAACAUCAUCUCACCAGAAAUCUCAUCACUAGCUCGCCACGGGUCUCAGGCUGUAUUUACUUGUGUUCCCUGUAUGGUUAGUCAAUCUGGCUUACGUGGUUAAUAAGGCCAUUCUUUUACAAAUAAAAGACAGCUGAGAUUUCUUCCCGUGGUUGUAAGAUUUCUGCAGCGACUUGAAUCAUUACAAAUUCGUGGAAUGGUUUGACGUGACAUCAAUAUUUUAAUACUGAUGAAGGUGGAUAUAAAAUGAUUGCCUAACUCUCAUCCAAUCUAGGUCUUGGCGCACACUGCUGGCAUUGUGAUGUUCACUCUUUUGGUUAACGCCACUACUAUGAAAAAGUUAUUAGAAAAACUCGGAAUGAGUGAGAUUUCAGACGCUAAGAAAAUCGCCAUGGCCAACGCUGUGAGACAAAUUCAGGAGAGCAACCAGCGUACUCUUAACAUGUUGAAAGCUGACCGAUUCCUUGCGGAUGCUGACUGGGACAUUGCGGAAAGGGACUGUGAUGUGCAUAACCCUUACAUGGAGGUAGAUGACGAGGUAAGAGUUUCACUAAUCUUAAUCAUGACGUGAAGUAUAUUGCGUCAACCAGGACAGCCGAGUGCCUAUGAAUAUGAAAUAACGCUAAAGUAGAUCUGCUAAGAUAACGUGUACAGGCUUAUGUUAAAAUUCCUUUACUGUCUUGUGGUAGCAUGCUGAAGAAACGCCACUCUUAGUUCGCCUCAGCACCUGUCCGAACUGCGAGAGCAGCGUUCCCAAUGAACCCUCAGCAAAAGAAUUUGCAGAGAUGGCGAAUGACGGUAGAGUGCGCUUGAUCAAAGCAUUGAAAGUCAGUUACUGGAAGCAGUUUGAACAUGGAAUGCUUUCUCGCGAAGCUGUUCAGGCAUUGAUCAACCUUGCUGAUACUGCAAUGGACGAGGAAGGGAGGUGAAAAUUAGGCGGUUUAAUUUAUUUGAAAACAUCUAUGGCCUUGAAAUAUCUAUCAUUGAUUGAUAAGGCAAGAAAAAGAACUUAGCUUGUAGACUGCAGACUCACAUCUGUAACUGCAGCGUCAAAAUAAUUAAUCGUAGUUUCAUUGUGGCUCGAAGUUUUUGUUAAUUUUUCCGAUAACCUAUCCAGUGAACUGAGAAAAGGAAGACCAGUCUGAGCAUUGACAAGCUGGGGAAGGUUUUUUUCGGUCUUUGUUAUUCUACACUUUUCCUUUGUAUCAGGUCUUUGAUCAACCUUCCAUUUCGCUCACAACUUGUUUCUUUCGCUUCCAGGUUUAUUCAAAUAGAUGAUUUGCAGCCGUUUUGGAACGUGCCUCCCUUUCUUCAGAAAAUUGUAUGUAACUUUAAUAUCUUUUUUCGAAUCAACUUGAAACACUUACAAAGCAAAAUGUGCAAAAGCAGAAGAUCCUUUAAAAAAAUGUAUCUCUAGAUUAUUUAAUACAUGACCCGUAAGGCCCCGAUGCACUUUUAUGAAAAUACGUAUUGGGGCUGAGCGCAAUGGCGUGAGCUGGGCUGGAAAAAUCCGCACAGCCCAGCGUGCGCCCUCUCACGAAAAAAUGCUAGAAGAAAGGAAGAAAAAGAAACCUACGAUUACAUGCCUAUUGAUUGAUUUAGAUCGAUAGGCAAAGUGCAAAAUGACUGCAAAGUGCGUUCGGUCUGCGCCUCAUGAUCUAUUGCCAAAUGUUUUCCCCUUCGAGUUAGUUCCACAGUAUUACGUACGUCGAAGACAUUGGAGUCUCUGGUGAGGAAAACCCGCGGAUGAAUGGCAGGCCAUAAAGUAGGCUGAUUUGCGAAACGUAGUUUGACAAACUGCAUAUAUCAUUUACACAUGUUACGUACAACCGAGCUAAAAAUUGCUCUUUCUUUUAUUUUUAAUUGUUUCAUAGAAAGAUAAACUGGAACAGAUGAAGCAGACCAGACCAAAGGAACGCAUUCCGCCACCAAAUGACAAAAUCCGAGCCUUUAUGUACGUCGUGGCAGCACAUGUUAUGUUUGAAGUAAUUGUGAAUACUUUGAUCGUUAUCAACAUGGUACCAAUCAUUUUGGAGCUUUUCUCGGACGAUGAUGCUCCAUAUAUGGGCGUCUUGACCAUAAUCAAUUACGUCUACUGCACCAUAUACAUCGCAGAGGCGGCGUGGAAGGUCUGUACAUAUUUCUGUUGGAUUUUUACUCCAUGGGUGGCGCUUAAUACAAGGCUAAAAAUUGGCGGUCGCACGAUCGCCAGCGGCGAGUUAAAACUGACCAGGACCACCAAAAGUUAAGGCUUGAACGCCCGAUGUGCGACUAUGCUACAGAAUUUCGAAAAGUUGCAAUGUAAAUUAUGCGAAGUACAAAGUUAAAAUAAAACUCAAUAUGUAGUUUAAUUGUAUUACCUUUCUAUUCGUUUCUUUGCCUGGACUCUAAAAUCAUUCAUUUUAGCGAAUUUUUUAGUUCUGAAGUGGAAAUUCCGAGCCGUUUUAACAGUGAUUUCACGAGCUUGUUCUUUCCUUUUAGUUAACGCUCCGUUAAAAGUCACGGGGCGUUUAUUCAAGUUUUUCAUUUUAGACUAAAGGAAAUCGAGGGCUACUUCAUUUUGGGAUGGGCCACUAAGAAUUCAAGGAAACUGGCUCGACUGGCCACCAAGCACUGGAGUUAAUUUUUAGCCCUGUUAGUAGGUGGUGAUAGAAGGGUUGGGCCCACCUUAGCAGGUCAGGAGGUCCUAAGUAAAAUUGACUAAGCUUUUUUGUUUAAUAAUGACAUUCAACUCUCUGUUUCAAAACAAGAAAGAUUCGAAAUAUCACCUGAAAAUUUGCAAGGUUUGUCAUAUCAAUCAUGACCUUAGAAUCUAUUUAUAAAAGUUAUAGCUGAGAGCGAAGCAAGUAUAAAAAUAUUCCAAGAAACGCUAUGUUUUGAUGGAAGCUAAGCGAGUCUUUAUCAUUGAUUUAAUCACUUCUUGAAUUGAGAUGUUCACACUAUCCAUCUGUAAACCAACGCUUAAAAAUUUAAAGUGUGUAACUGAAUUAAAACAAUGAAACGAAGAGGUUCAAAGAUGAGAUAUUCACACCAACCAUCUGUAAACUCCAGCGCUUAAAAAUAUAGUUUGUAACUGAAUUUUAAAAAAUUACAUAAAAUCCUAGAGAUUUUUAGCAGUGAUACCUACUCUGAGAAAGAACUGUCGAUAUCAAUGUUAUCAAUUUGUUUCUAUAAAACAGGCUUUGGCAUUCCGGCGCUUCUAUUUUAAGGACUAUUGGAAUCUAGUCGACCUCUUCAUCGUUAUUUUGUCAAUUGUCGAUAUCGUGAUUGACGAAGUGGCUGGUGAGGCCACGGGAAACUUUUCACCGUCUGUACUCAAAGUGGCCAAGGUGUUUAGAGUGUUGAGAAUGGGUCGUCUGUUGAGGCUUUUCAAGGUAAGUGACAAAUUUACAGAGCUUAACCAUGUUUUUUUUCCUUUUUAUGGUUUUUUCCUAGAGUAUAGAUGUAGAGAGAAGUUACUAAUCUCAACUGCAAAGCAAAGGUUUGCUUCCAUCUGGAAAACUCUUAUUUCUUUGUCUUCCCAAAUUGUAAAUUAUGACUUAAGUUUGGCCUCAACUAGUCUUAAUCGAAACGUAAGCGCUUGCCGUUCCCAAUAAUAACCAGUAAUCCUCAGUCAUUAGUGACAUUUAGCACCAGGGUUUUCAGCGGAAACCUCGAACAGCAAACCGGUGUAGGUCACGUGAUCAAGCCCUGUGGUCACGUUCGGAGUUCUCAACGCGCGUUUUCAACGCCAAGGGGUAGGUUUUCACGUAAGUGAUUUACCUGAACGUUUUUUUAUCCUGAAUUUGUUUUUAUGCCACGUAAAAAUCAGAAAGUUAUGUAAACCAGUCUUUUUAGAACAAGUUUAGAUAUAUUUUUAGCGAAUGAGUGAAAAUAGGACUUCUUGUUGCCAUUUGAAAAUCAAACACUGCUGUUGUCUGGAAAUUCAAUAUGGCGGCCUCUUCAAUCGGUUAGAGAGGUUUAGCUACAGCGGUGGAAGCCAUAAACGUCAAACGCCAAACGCCUAACCUGAAACUGCCGUUUCAGGUUUGCCGUUAAUGCGAAAACCCUGGUGCUAAAUGUCUCUAUUUUCUUUCUUUAGUACAAGUAACUUCAUGUAUUUAAGUUCCGACUCGGAAUAUUCAUUCUUCUCCAUAGACUGUUCUUCCAAGACUCAUAAAUGCUGUGAACGACAUUAUCAACCGGCAGUUAAGCUUUGGCUAUGAUGUUGGCAAGGGAUAUAUAAUCGCUCAAGAAGAAGUCAUCAAGCUGAUUGAUCACAUGGUGGUCGACAAAAGGAUUGCUAAGGAUUUAAAACAAAGAUCGGAGCAAAGCCGUUUGGAUGUCGUCCGAAGCCUCGGUAAUCUAGCUAAGAUAAACAUUAUAAACGCUUUUUCUUUUUCUUUGAAAUAACGCUGCUUCAUGAUAACUUUAAUCAUCGUAUUUGAUAAAGAAAAACCUUUGUCCAGUGUGUUUAACCGCCUUCAAAGUGAGCUAAUAUUUCUUAAUAGGGGAAGUUCUGCACAGGUUUAUUUCUUAGAAUCUACGACUAGACCCAAAUGCAUCUAUGAUGUAUGUGAAACGCCGAUCGUUUUUUCUCUUUUUUUUCCAUGCGUCCCUGUUCUCAGGCCUGUCAAGGUAAUUCCAUAUUUAAGACCUUGAGGAUGACAUCAUCAACUAACUGUUAGUUCUCUAUGGCUGGUUUUACAGGUAUGCUGCAACGUGAGCACCCCGGGAUUGCGAUCUCCGUAAAAACGCGGCAGGCUAUUCGCACGAUUCUUAAUAAUGCCCGUGACGUUAUUCACGAACUCAAAGGUGGUGGCUUGUUAGAUGAGGCAGAGGCAGCAAAAUUAGAAUCGGUGAGAUAGGUCAAAAUUACGCGACAAAGUGAAGCAUAGGCAAAAGCGCGUAGGGAAAACGUAGGUGUAGUAUUAUAAAAGUCAUUUAGGCGACUUCUGAGUAAUGUAAUUUCUGAUUUGAGUUAUCAGUGUCUUUUGUUGAAAAACAUAGGAAGGUAAUAUGACUGUGCCGUAUUAUAAAACAGAGCGACAUAAUCGCUUCGGCGUAAAAAAAUUGUGGAAAUUGAAGUAUAGAGCGCUUUAAAAUUAACUGAAUACUUUGCUCGUCCCCUUCAUAGGAAAUACAAGAGUCUUUUUCCAGUACCAAGUGGAAAGCUUCAUUCGUUAUGACUAGAAAAUAACAAAUAGAUUACUUCAUUAUAUUCCCUUGAACGUCUUUGUUUUGGUUCACAGCUUGUUGAGGUAAAAAUGAAGCGACAGCUGAGUGCUCCAGCCUCCAUUUCCCCACAAAAGCCCACCGAGUUGCUUCGUAAUGUGGUGUGGCUGGAAGGAAUGCCGUCAGAGGCGGUGGACUUCAUAACCUCAGCCGCACGCAUCCAAAUGUUUGAAGCCGGUGAUACUAUAGCAAGACAGGGUGAAGACCUUAAGGGAAUAUAUUUGAUAGUUUCAGGAAUGGUUAAGGUACCGAGUCAUUUUCUUAUUCUCUGAUAAAUAAACUUGUUCAAUCUGCAUGACGAAAUUAUAUGCCAUAUACCUUUUUAAAGUCGUGUGGCUAGAAUUUCCCUACAUUCUGUCUUUAAGAAAUUGCAGCUGCCGUGUAUUGGUUUUCUACAUACUCUGGACACAAUUCUCGUUUGUUAUGGAAAAGUAAACAAUAAUAAAAAAAAAAGAAGCCUUUAUUUACAGAAGAAGGGUUCACAAAAAUUCGCGCAUUCGUGCAAGGUUCUAUCAUGUGAUGUGACCUUCCCCCUUUUUGAGACUCUUAAAAGUAAAGCAGAGCUGCCUCGUCUCUUCUUUAGAUGAUCGGCGUAUCGGUGGCAAGGAGAGGUUACUUUGAUGGUGAGGAGCCAGAAGUAGGAGAGAUGAUUGUCACUACUGAUUACGUUUCCGCUGGUAACUUGAUUGGGGAGAUGGGUUUUCUUACUUCCUCCCAAAGAAACUCUUCUUGUACCUGCGAGUCUGCAGUCCAGGUACAAAUAUUAUAUCACUUUACAUUUUUUACAAUCAUUAGACUUGCUGGCGUACUAACUGGCCGUUAUUAAGAGAGGGCCAAUGUAGGGAGUUUCCAAAUUACGUAGAUGUGUGGUAGUCUUAGUUUUGCAAACACGCGCCUUUGUGAUUUAAAUAAGGGUUGGAAUGAUGCUUUUCCAUCAAACCAUUUUAUAACUGGUUACAUAUAUACUACCGUAAGUUAAGAAGAAAGGGACAGCCCUAAGCAAUGGCAAUUUUACGUAAGGUGCGUUUUUACGGCAGAUUUCUUGAGCUUAGUCACCAACUCCAAGAGAAGGUUUAUCAGCUGGUAUAAGUUCCCUUCUGUAUGAUACCUGGUCUCAUCGUAGUCCUUUGACUUUGGAAUCUUCUUCAAUUCAUUCUCAGACACGAGUCAUCCUUUGAUUACUGGCCAUCUAUUCCAGAGUACUUCCACGAUGACAGGAAUCUUAAAAAAAAAAUGGCUGGAAAACAAUACUCAAUAAAUUUCCCUAGAAGUUGUCAACUGUUACAAACUCUUGUAUUUCUUGUGCAAGACUUUUUUUUCCUGUUUCUCCAUAAGGCCUAUUUCAUUACCUCAGAUGAUAUGAAAGUUGCCAUGACUCGCUACCCAGAUCUCGUUGACCGGCUUUGGAAAGUUUGUGGCGUGCGAAUCGCUGUCCCUCUCUUGUUAGAAGUGCCCGCUUACUACAACUGGACGAAGGACAAAAUCCGGGUCAUGUGCGAACGUUCGUUUAUCGUCAAUCUUCCCAUAGGGUUAAAUACUAUAUUCAAGACUAACGAGCAGAUGAAAGAGGUAAAUUAGAUCUAAUUAGAGAGCGGAUGUGAUAGAAAUUUACGCGAAGGCUUUCCAUCGUAUGUAUGAAUAUAUCCUGUUUCGAUUCAAGUUGGCUUAUAUUUCACAGAAGAUAAUUUGAAUUUCAACAAUUUUUCAAAGAGAGUAGACGCGAAGAAUUUAUACAUCUACCUCACGAAUAAAUUUAAAAAGAUUGUUCAUCUCGCCUCAAGGUCUUUGCAGACACCUGGCUAAUAUAAGGAAGGCAUGGCCAAGUUCCUUAUCCUAAUAAUGUUCGCUUUCAGUUUUCUUUACCUCAUACACUCGCCAAAUAACUUUUUUAAAAUUUGUCUCCUACCUUUGUCUCUUAUUCGUCUCAAAUCAAAGAGACAUUUCUUUUUUUUAGGUCUUGAUUUUAUCCUUAUCCUAGGAAUGCUCGUUUUCAGAAUUUUUUUAUCCCAUACACGCACCAAAUGACUAUUUUUCUAAAAAAUUGUCUCCUGCCCUUGUCUCAUUCGUCUUCCAUCAAAAAGAAAUUUCUGUUUUUUAGGUCUUUAUUUUAUCCUUAAAGGAUGUGAGCAACAUUUAAAAUUUCGUUUGAAAUGUGUUCACUUCAAAAGGCAAAGGAAAAAUGGAUUUCUUCGAAAAUCCAUUGAAAAUCGACACAAUUGUAUAAAUGAUGGCCUCCCUUGCAACCGUUUAUUGUUAACAAUGCAUAAUACCCCUCGCGUUCAUUUCAAAAGGUUGUUCUUAUCCAAGGCAAGAUUACAGAUCUCGAUAGCAGAGAUAUUUAUGAAGGACCAUGCGUGCUGCCGAAGGUUUACCGAACGUUUAGAUUGCAUUUCGAUGGAGUCGAGCCUAAGAUUUUAGUGAUUGCUCGUUUCCAUGAAACUGCAUUGCCUGAUGACCCAGAAGACAAUCCUUCAGUACUGGAUAUUGUAGGUGAGUCACGUGUCACUUUGUCCAGAGUUUAAGCAUAGCUACGGGAGAAAGAACGGUUAAAAUUCAAGUCUAUGUUAAAGAAGGAAGAACUGAAAUUUUCAGUAAGGGUGAAGUUUUUGUACGCUAACAAUAUUUUUUUGCUUUCAAUUAUGUCCGUCCUAAAGGCCUUCACGCACAACCUGGAUGCAAAAGUAGUUCGAAUCUAUCAGAAAUUUUUGGAGGGACCGAGGCAACAUUUAGAGGAAAGCGAAGAUUAUCUAGGGGAAGUCGAGUAUUAGGCAUUGACGAAAGCCAUCGCAAACUUGAUCCUAUACCAGACAGACCACAAGGUAGAAAGAUAGUUGUAUCACCGAUGCUAGACGACGAUAAAGGUGAGCACCGAUUUCUGAAAGAGAUGUAAAUGAAAAAUCUAUGUGGUGUCGGUCGAGGACAUGAUCAGCUGGUCAAUAUUUUUGCCUCAGAGAUUGUGUGGCAACCUACAAUGACAGGCAAAAGUUUAGGCAUGUUUCACUAUUUUUUGGACUAUUUAGUCUAUAACGUUCAUGUAUCUCUCCCUCUUUCUAUUUUAUUGUUGCCUCGUGUUUGCAAAAAGGUCACUAGUUUCUUGCCUGGUGUUAACAUAACGGUCUCCAAUUUUUUUGCAACAUUGUUUAGGGGGAAAGAGGAGAAUUACAAGUAACUUAUUAGAGAUGAAUUACACGUUAUCUAUUUAUUAUGUUGAAUGGAGGGUUAUUGAUCACCUAGUAAGGGAAGGUGUGCCACCUACGUUCGUCGCUCUUUGAAGCUUAGUGCUUGAAGAGCUUUUCUUCAAAACUUCACCGUCAGAUUUUGGUACAAACGAAAGACUUUGAGCCGUUCGUGAUUCUGUUAUUUUCAGAAUGUUAACUUUGUUCAAGUCUGGAUCAUGUACCGAGUAUGAAGUCGUCGGCGUUUGAUGGAACGCUACUUCAAAAUGUUUCUUAUAGAGCUCUCAGAGAUAUGAUUUGAUUUGCAAUAAAUUUGCCUAUUAUCAGAAAUGUUUGGUUCACCAUUUCUUAUUGUCACAUAUUAAACUGCGGUCUGCUUUUUAAGCACUUUCACUUUUGCCAGCCAGAGUCGUAAAUCGGGCUUAAAGGGCAAAGCCAACAAUAGGAAUGUAAUAUGGAGGAAUUAAAACUGCAUGCUAUAUAUUUUCGGUAAGAUUAUUGGUGCGUUCUUUACAAUGAGUGAUCUUUAAAUUCACCAUGUCAUCUACGUAGAUUUUUUGGAAGAUCAAAUCAUUCUUUCCAUCAGAAACGAUUGUUAUAGUACUUCUGCUUACAAAAAUUAAACUUCUCGAAAGACCAGCUUUACACUCAGAAAUAAAGACGACAAGCACAUUUUGAACAAACAGUGCGAUGGAGGUAAAACAAAAAACAAUCGUCAGCGAGGAGACCGAAAUUUUAAUCUGGGUCAAAGCCACAAAGCAACGUUCCAAACACAAAACAUAUAACGAAAGAAAAUAUUGGAGGGGGGCUGGCGAAGGGAAAUUCGUGAAUCUGAAAGUCUUUAAGUUCAUUGGCGCGGGAAACGAAGCCAAAAUGAAACAUUCUUCCAUAUUUUUAUCCGGUCACUCCUAAUGGUCUCAAGUACUGAACUACACUUGGAGAUGGCAACAUAUAUUUACUCGAUAUUUUAACAGUUUUGGUAGCCAAUAUGAGAGGCAUACUCUGUGGUUAAUUGAAUUAACAAAUAAACGAUAAAAGUUUUCUCUCCACCCGCUCCCCUAAUUUCUGGAGAGAGCAUUGACAACUGAAGUAAAUUGCGCCCUUCAAUCUCAUUCUUCUAACCUUACGACCUUUAACACGCCAAUUGCAUAUUACGCAACCAGUUCUCAAUGGAGAAAAUUUUGAAGGCUUGCUGCCAGAAGCCUUUUCCACUUGUGGAACAACAUUUCUUUUCAAUUAUUCAGUAACUUGCCGGUGCUAUUUCAAAAUGAGGUCCCACUUAUUUUAAGCGACGACACUUUCCAGCCAUUUUAGCGGCCGGAACAAUGGAACGGAAUUUCAAACCAACAGAAUUGAUAUCCGUUUUACUACUGUAUGUUUAUGUGGCGGACGGAUUUCGAAUAGCAGUAGCAAAAGGUAAGUUUUACAAUGCAUUAGCUCUAAACUGAUCGACAAAGGAGGUACUGAGUUAUUACUGGCAUUUCAACUAUAUUCUCUUAAGCGAUAAAUUCAAAAUUUGCUUAUGAAGCCAACGCGGAAAAUCUCACAAGCACAAAGGCAACUGCUUAUUCCGAAAGGGUUGAAAUGAAACCAUUGUGGCUUAAAGUUUUCUUCUAUGAAAGAAUGAUUGUUUUGAAAGGCGCAUUUAAAUUUGUGUAUGAGUAUGUCACAAAAUAUAGAUUGUUUUUAAUCUUGAGAAAAAUAAGGCCAAUUUAAAAUUGGUAAACAAAAUAAGAGCACUCUCUGAACGAAUAAAUAUCGAAUAAUCGUAAACUAGGGUAGAAGUGUUCAUCGCACUCUUUCCUUUAAAAAUAGAUAAUUUACGUUAGAUUCUCUAUUUCUUGCUCCCCGUAUUUUUUUGUUAUUUCUCAAGCUUAGCGAUUGAAGGCGGAAAUUCUUUGACCUUAUUUGACCAUUGGUAGCAAAGAAAAGAUCUUAACAAAGUUAUGUUUUUAUAUCUUCUAUGUUUGGCUUUUCAUUUUAUUACUGAGGUUGUUCGUCUCAGACUGGUACCAGUUCGAACGUUAUGAGUUGACCAAAAUAACUGAACUCAAAACUGCCACCAGUCAGGUUGUCUAAAAGAAUUUUUCUUUUCACUGCUCUCUUUUUCAAAUUUUUCAUUUCCUUUUUUUACGGUUUGCACGCUCACUUUAAAACGUGGAAAACGAUUUAUUUUGGUUUAAUCUAAGAAAAUAGGUGAAAAAUCAGGGAUAACUUUCAAGUCAUUCAGGAGGUCAAUUUCUCCAAAGUCUUCUAACUUGCAUGUCAGUGUUCAUUGAUUUUCUCAGUGAUGUUUCAAGUAACGAGUGAAUGUUUUCAGGCGCCUCAGGAGAUGGAGUAAAAAGUGAGGGCAGAAGGCUCAAAGCAUCUGGAUUAGAGGAGGAAAGAUUAAAGAAAGGUAAAACAUGUCGCGGAUAUGAUAAUGAAUCAAGGCUUUACAUCAAACACAUGUAAGCCGACACAGUGUUCAAGUUGUGUUCAACACAAAUUAAUGACUUGGCACGGGAUUUUCACAUUGCUACCCAGGUGUAACAUAAGCUUCUCUUCUCGUGAUAUUUCCAGCAGUAAUUGAAUUUAAACCUCAUUUAUGGAAAAGUACACUUAUAUAUAUUUUUAGUGGGAUUAAUGGACCUUGCUUAGCGCAUUACCUAGUAUUUGAACUGAAAAGAGUACAAAGUUUGUUGGUGAACAUUUCCUUUAUUCCCGUGGCAUUAAUGUGUGAUUCAGGGGUGAUACUGUUGGAGAAAUUAGUUGCUAGUCACCCUUAGAUGUCAUAGGCUUAAACUAGCUUUCGAAAGUCAAUCGAUGAAUAAUCAUUAUUUCAAAUCGCUGCGGUUACCCUGGGUGUCACUUAAUGGUUAAGGCAGCUUGGUUAUGAUCACUCUAACUUCUCAUCCAAGAGGGGCCUCUGGUCUGAUUUUGAUUGCUUUCAGAUUUUGGUCUGAUUUUGAUUGGCUUUGUGGCAUACAGUCGAAAUGCGCCCUAACUGAGUAAGUCAAGAGAAUAUCUCUCUUGAGUACAUACAGCAACUUUCGAAUUUGACUGCUACAUACUGUUACAAUGCUGGUUCAUUAUAAAGAGCUGUGUCAAAUAAAUUUUUCUUGAAAUUCACGAAGGAUAGGUUUUCUUCGCUUCCUCUUUGUAAUGCAUUUCCUUCGCUUUCCAGCAUUGAAGGCAAUCGACUAUGAUGCACAUCCUGUUUUGGAGCACCAGGGGCAAAAUAUGGAAACUUUGAAAAAAGGUAGUGUUUCUAAAGGUGUUCCAUAACUUUGAUUCAUCUGUUUUUCUGAAUUCCCUCGAAAGUUUGCGUUGUUUUGUAAAACUAUAGACAAUCCAAAACCACGAUGUCGGUUUUUAUUGUUUUGUGGUUAAACUAUCUUCGAAAAACAUCCUCAAUGAAUAUUCAUCGUUCUUAAACAGCUUUACGUUCCGUCGAAGACGAUGAACAAGAAGAGCGAUGGAUUAGAGACAUUGAAUCAGGUAAGUUUUUCUUUGUAUCGAUAUUUCUACAGGAUUGAGCGGGGAGGACGGUAGAGUCACACGUGCAUGUCCUUCCAGAGAGAGUUCCUGAGUAACUUUUGCGCUCAGAAUUUGCAAUCUCAUUAUUUAUUCUCAUUAUUACAUCUCUCAUUUAUUACGGUUGCUAUGAUUGGUCAUAGCGAAAUACAGCCCACUAAGUUCAAAAGUUUGUUUAAACUGAAAUCUUCCACUUCUUUUUGAACGCAGAGAUAUGAUAAAAACCUCAGCAACUUUGUUUUCUUGGUCCGCUCUGUUAGUUAUUAUAUAUGAUACCUCGUUUUUUCCGCUCGGAUUUAUGUCCCAAACGCUCGCUGCAACAUAGAAUUACGGAGUGCAUCCUCAUGACAUGACUAAGAAACAUCUUCCUUUAUUUCACCCGACAUUACCGGGCGUAAGAUUUACCAUCUUUCUUAUUUAAAUCACUUUCUUGUUGUUUGUUCAACAGCUUUGAAAUCAAUUGAAAGAGAGACAGCAUAUCAUGGUCAGUGUUGGUCUGUAUUUUCAGAAGUUUCUAGUAUAGAAAAAACUAGGAAAUUAAAUAACUUCAAUCUGAAACAAGCAUGGUCAAAUCUCGGCUGUGCAUCAAUGAAAAAGGCUCGACCUGCUUUGUUAACGGUGGAAAAAUGUGAGCGACUGAUCGAGUCUCGUUAUCAUUGGUUAAUGGGUUUUCAUCUGAUUGGUUGAUUUUUGUGAGUAUAAGAAAAAAGAAGACUGUGGAAGCAAAGAACGAUGGAACAGGGAAUCUUUAGGAUGGGAAAUCUCAAAAAUGUGAUAUGAAUUGAGGUGAUUUUCCUAUUUUCAGAGAGCAGAAAACGUACAAAGAUAGAGAAAGGUGUGUUUCGUACUGAUGAGUUUUUUCUUCCUUUUGUUUUUACCACUUACAGUAUUCAUGUACUCUUGCCCAUGACAGACACAAUAUCCUUUUUAACCCUUUCAUUCCCAAGAUCUCUUUAGUAAUUUUAUAAACUGUCUGCCAUAAAUUGCUUACAGCUUUGGUCCUGAGAAUUUAGUAUUGGAUAAAAAAUCCCACAAUCAAUGUUUUAAUUAUUCUCAUCACUCGUCCGCUAUAACAAACUGUAUGGUUUCCGCGAACCUGCUUUUACCAUGAAUAUAUAUUUUACUGUGCGCAGUAAUUCAAACGAUGGAUGACGCUAUUCAACGAAUAAAUCGCCAUCUAUCAGAUAAGUUUGUGUUCACAAAACGUACUGCGCUGUCCAUUGGAUAUAGAUUUAUCUAGAGGAUGGCGUUAUCCACCCUAUCAACAACAGGGGCCAGACUUGGAAAUUACGAGAUUCUGAGAGUAGACUUACCACCAUCUAAUGUUUAUAUCGACACUUGAUUUCAGUUUUGGCUUCAGUAGAGGCACACACAAAGCAAGGUGGGUUAAGGCUGGUGAAUGCAAAACUUAGGUUGUCGUGUUGGAUACCAGCUUGUUCGCUUGUUCAAAUAUUGAUGAAGAUCAUCAAUGAUUUGCUGAUGUGUUGAUACAAAAGGGGAUUAUGAGCUGAUUAUGAGUAGACUGCAUUCGGAAAUGGUUAGUAUGUUCUUGGUGCAGAGAGUCGUAACUCCUUAGCUGAUCAAUAAUCAGGGUAAUUUAGUAUUAUCAGCUAAGUUGAAAACGUAAAUUGGCCACCGUAAAGAGUUCAAAGGCUAACGUUUCGAGCGUUAGCCCUUCGCCAAUCGCUCCCACCGACGCAGCACCACAGUUUCUUUACAAAAUUGCCCCCUUUGAUCAAUAAUCAAUCGAUUUCCGUGGGAAUCCCGACGGGAACUUAUCGAGAUCUUGUCAGCAUCUUUGAUAGGACUGCAACCAUGAUUUUCGCCGUGAACGUGAUUUAUUCAAAGAACCCAAAUGCAAAUUCUCACUUCCUUUUUUUUCAGCCAUGUCGUCUAUGAACGCUAUUACAAAUGAUAUUUCAAAGAAAGAAAAAAAUGGCUUAGAACUAUCUCUACCUUUUGGUACCAACGCUACACGUCAAGAGGGACGGACCAUAAGCCUUCAGACCAACGGGAAACAAACAAAACGAGUCUUCAUUCCAAAGGGAUGGAUGUUUUGCACCAUAGCACCUCCAAAGUGUUACUCGUCACUGAGGAAGAAAAGUAAGAUGUCUUCCUCUGUUAUCAAGAGAGAGUUUUUGCUACGACUCUAGUUUGCAUAAACAGACUUACCUGCUUCAAACUUUGGAGAUCUGGGAAUGUACUUAGUCGUGGUGAAAACCAUCCCUUACGAUGUCAUGGUUGUCACUUUGUUGGAAAACGUUUCUGCCUGGUCAUCUUCCCCUAUUUGACAGAUUCUGAAGUUGGCUCCACUUAAUUACUUUCUUAGUCUAUUAUCAGUAUUCAAUUCCAAACGCAUCACGAUAGAUCAACGUUUGCGUUAAACACCCAAACCUUACACGAAAGACGAAUCCUUUGGCGACCUGAAAAUACUCGAUAAGUACUCGCCUAGAACUAGUUUUGUCUUCAUUAACCUUGUGUUCCCAUUUACCCAUCCGUUUCCUUUCAAGACCAUCUUGCGGCGAUUUUCUAAAACAGUGGUCGCGGCUCUUUCAUAAUCUUGAGUUUGUUUUGGUUAAUUGCAGGAAACAUUAGUAAAAGGCACACUACUCUAUCCGUUGCAAGACAAGCAGUUUCAUCGUGAGAAGUGCUUUGGUGAAGAACAGCUGGUGUUGUUGUCUUUAUCCUUUGAAUACUCAUGUUAUCUCAUUGAACUCCGGAGUGUUCUGUUCACCUUCAUCUGCUGUAUUUCUGUUAUAGUCCUCUUGAAAUACCCUUGAAGCACUGUUCUACCACAUGCUGCAAUUUGUGCAAGAGCUAAGAAUAUGAUAAAAUUUAUUAAAUACCAUUUCAGAGAAUUAACUAAACGAAAUUAAUAAGACAAAUACUUGUCUUAAUAAUAUGUAUGAUGAAAUAAUUGUAAUAGGAAUUGCGAGAAAGCCGCCAGCAAUUUCUGCCUUCAAAGACAUGCUUUUGCUCUGCCAGUCUAGUUUCCAGAAGGCGUUAUCCGAUCUUUCAGAAGAGCAGGAAUCAUAACUCCCCUGUAAACUAUACACGUUAUUUCUAACUUUCACAUUUUAGUACCCAUUAGCAUCGAAAUAAAUUUACUUAAGAAGCGGUUCUUCUAGAGAGCGGCUCAAAAUCAGUAUGAUAUCUAAUAACCUGUAUAUUCAUAAUAUUCAUAUUAACCAUAUUUACGCCAAACUGAAUAUCUUUAACCGGUGAUCUUAGAAAGUUCCCAUUAUCCAGGUUCUUCAUGUGCCUAUAACAAUCCAAAUGAAAAUUUUGGUAAAAUUGCAGAUGGACAUUUAUUUGGUUUUGGCAGCUUAUGCCACACCUUAUUCAAACGUCUAUAAUAACGAAUCAGUUCAGAACGUCAUUUCCAUGUUAUUUUGACUUGUUCAUCAUUUAAAGCUUGAAGCAAGCCCUUUCUUGUUAAGGAAAUUAGUUUCCUUUUGGGGAGUUUUAAAUUUUGCAUGCCAUUUAGGGAAUGAGGUUAUUCCAUGUUUCAAGUCAAAAGUUCGCUAUACUCAGUACUCUGUAAAAGCUAGACCAUAGAUAAAUAGCGACUCGCUAAUUAUUCCUCUGGCUAUAAAGUAGUGUACAUAUUUAUAUAAAUGUAUAAAACAAUAAAGUAAAGC